AUGUCGACCACAGCAGUAAUCGAGAACCUCCCCGUGAUGGAGAAGCCAAAGAGAACUCGCAAGACCCAUAAUAAGGUUCGAACGGGAUGUAUAACAUGCAAGAUCCGCCGGAAAAAGUGUGACGAGGAGAAACCUUUCUGUCGCCGCUGUACAAGUACUGGCCGGAAAUGCGACGGUUACCCUAAUCAAUCUCCCGACCAACAUUCAACAUCGGAAGAGACACCCCCCUUGUCCAUUGGACACGAUUCCAAGCGACAGAAGACAAGCUCGGACAAAGUUGCUAUUCCUGCAAUCAAAAGAUCGAAACCCAAACCCACCGUCGACGAACUAUGCCGGUCGCCGUCCAAUGUCAGGUUUGACUCGGACGCCGACUUUUAUUGUUUCGACUUCUUCCGCUCCCGCACGGGGCCCGAGUUCGCCGCAUAUUUCGACAGCUCCAUCUGGCGGACGUAUAUUGUGCGAGCAUGUGUCCAGCACCCCACAGUGCUUGCCGCCGCUGCAGCCGUUGGUGCUGUGCAUCGGAGGUUUGAGCUGGGAAUAUCUCGCGAGGCAUUUGAGUAUUGCGACAUCGCAGACAAACUGUACCAGAAGGCGCUUCGAAAACUGUCGGAUGAUAUGAUUUCGCAUCCGAAUGCGGCCGAGAUCAACAUGAUUGUGAUGAAACUCUUUAGCAUUUUUGAGACCUUUCAGGGUAAUUACGAAGCAGCCCAAGCGCACAUGAUCAACGGUCUGAAGGGUCUGCUGAAUCGAAAGAUGCGCACGACUUACAAGAACACGCAAUACCGCGCGGUCGAGAUAAGCCACGACAGUCUGCGACGCUUGUUCUUGAGACUCGAGCUUGAAUCCGUCCGACUAUUUGGAGGUGCAGCCAGAAUCCUCAGCGAUCCGGAACUGUCAAUGCCUGGGCCAUAUCUCAGCCCGUUCUCCCCCACCGAGAGCGAUACCGACUCGUACCCUGACCCAAACCCCCAUCCCGUUCCUCGCGUCUUCGAUUCACUGUCUCAAGCCCGCGACGAGCUCUUCACAGAGGCGACUUGGAUCUGGCAUACGUGGAGUCUUCUCGAACAGGGCUUGCUGAUGGGUACGGGGUUCCAGCGGCAUCAAACGCACAUCUCCCGCUUAUUGCAAUGGAGUAUGGCCUACGCAGAGUACAGCAAGACCGAAACUUCUCGAAACAACCCACACGAUCGCCAUCCGGCUCAGCUUCUCAAGGCGUACCGUGAAGCCGCAUAUCUCUUGUUACUUACACAGAUGGCUCUCCACUCGCCUGACACGGGUGAAGUGAUUGUGCCUCUGUGCGACCCGCCCGAAACCUGUGACUGUCACCGAUCCUGCCGCAACUACGCAGAGCGCAAAGAAGCCUUGAACGCACAUUUCGCCCGCUUGUUGGUGCUGAGCGAGAGUAUCUUGAAUCGUUCGUCCUUCUUCGCGUACGACGAACAUUCCAUGAGUGUCGACAGCGGGAUCGGUCCGCCCAUCUAUGUCGGGGCGACGGACUGUCAGUCCACCAAAGUCCGAUACCAAGUGACCUCCCUCCUCAACAAGUCGGAAAUCAAAUCCCGCGUGUGGGACGCUUUGGGCGUGUACACCAUUGCCGAAAAGCUGGCGAGCAUCGAAGAGCACGCAGUGGUCAAGUGUGGUGCCGUCCCGGACGAAUUGGAGCCCAAGUGGGUGGAUGUCACCUUCUUUUUGGACGAGAGGAGGGUCCUGCUGCGGUAUUGCCACGCCGAUAGAGAGGGCAGAGGGGGGAAGUUGAGAGGAACGGGGCUGUGGACUGGCGAGGAUAGAUGGGAUGAGAGCGGGAGUGGUGGACUGAUCUGGACGCAGGAGUGGGUUUCUUUUUGA